AUGCGGUUGCCUCCACCCGGCGCGGGCACUCUCGUGGGGCUCUGCCAGAAUGCGCCCGCGACCGCUGAUGAAGUCCAGGGCCACCAGGCGCCGCAGACACUGAACGCGGCGCCGGAUUUAUUUGGCCACCAGGUUCCGACCACGACUGAGUUCCAGGGACUCCCGCCGGCACCACAGACGCUGAACGCCGCAGCGGAUUUCGGCCUCCAUCAGGCACUGAUCACUGGAUUCCAGGCUCACCCGGCGCCACAGACGCUGGGAGUGGCGCCGGAUUUUGGCGUCCAGGCGGUGCCGACCACUGAAUUUCAGGGACACCCGCCGGCGCCCGAUUUCGGCCUCCCUGUGCCGGCCAUCGACGCCGCCGACCAGUAUCAGGCGCCGAUCAUCAACGCUGAGCAGUAUCAGGCAUCGGCCAUGGACGUAGAUCAGUACUACCAGCCGAUGGCCGUGGACAACACCCAGCCGACGCAAAUGCUGGCCCCCGAGAUGCAUCAUCAAGCGUAUGGCGGCUUUCCGGAUCCUACGCCGAUGCUUUGUGACGGCGUCAACGAAGCCUCUUUAUUCCAGGCUAACACUAACGUGCAUAUGCUCGCUAAUGGCGUUGUACCCGAUCCAAGCCCUUCAGUGUACGAACAGCUCGUCAACGAUGGGGAGGCAGAGCUUGCUGCUAUCCUCUGGGACAUUGAGCGUGGGGACAACGCUGGUGCUGCAGCUGCCGGUGCUGCGCUUAAUGACGUGCACCCUGUCAAGGAGGACGUCUUCUUCCGGCCAAUCAUCCGCGGCCAGCUCGACUGCUCCCGGUGCCGCUCAGUCCGGGAAGUCGUGUGUCUAGAUGAGAGGCGGAAGAUGCAUUUCAUGGUGCAUGCCUCGGAGCCGGGGAUGAUUUUCCAGCAUGCGAUCGUCGAUCGUAUGUCCAUUCGUGCAGAUGGUCAGCUCCAUACGGAUGUCCUGCUGCACCAUGAUCUCCGCGGGCGCAACCACGAGUGGGUUCACAACUUUAUAGAACGCAGCGUGGAGAUGAUGAAAAGAAACCGCGGGCAGCUGCAAGACACAUGGUCUAGCAACUACGCUGCAGUCUGCACCAACGUCGCCACGGCGCCACCGCCGAGCAACCAUGCGCGCUUGGAGCAGCUCGAGGCUAUGUUGAAUAAUAUACUUUCAGCCCCUGCUUCAACAGCUGCUGCUCAGCCAGCGGUCACGCCGCAGGAACAACAAACCACCGAUGCACCAGGGGUAGCGGAAACAGCAGCCCCUGAAGCUGCUGAUCCUGCAGUCACGCCACAGGAACAAGGAGAAAACACCCAUGCUCAAGGGGUUGCGAAAGCAGCAGUCCCUGAAGCUGCUGAGCCUGCGGUCACGGCGCCACAGGAACAACAAACCACCGAUGCUCCAGGGGUAGGGGAAACAGCAGUCCCUGCAGCUGCUCAGCCUGGGGUAACGGCGCCUCAGGAACAAGAAAACACCGAUGCUCCUGCAGAGGGAGCUGAAGCAGCAGGCCCUCAAGAUGUUCAGCCUGCAGUGUCACAGAAGGAAGAAAACAAGGAUGCUGGAGCCGUAUUUGCUCCUUUUAACUGGGAAGGAUUCCAACCAGAAAUACUUGAGUCUUCUCUUGUUCCACCAUAUGAUCCAGAGUCCGGUACCAAUGUGUUGUUGUACCCAAGCCUGAUGGAGCAACUACGCAAGACCGAACUCGAGAGGAAGGAAAGCAAGAGGCUUUCCAAAAUGCCGGCUCUGGAUACAUCGACGUACCUGGAAAUGAGUGGUGAAGAUUCCGCUAAUGAACCGAAGCUUGGAUCUUUAGCAUCGUUCAGACGUCUUUGCCAAAGAGACGCUACAUAUCGGCUAUAUUCGCGCAGGGUCAAUUGUAUCAAUAGAAAGAUGACGAAACUCCAGCAAACUGCAGCUAGAGUUGACCCGAGGGGGCUGUUUGCAAUUAAGCAGAAGAUGCAAACGUACAAGCGCGAGAAGGCAGCCCUUUAUGACAUGAUCAACAAAGCGAUCCAGGAGAAUGAGAGGGGCGGCAACAACGAUGCUGGUCCUUCCAACCGUGCAGAGCCUUCAAACAGGGCUGGUCCUUCUAAUGAAGCUGGUACAUCGAACGAUGCUGCCAGUCCUUCCAACACUGCCAUUCCUUCUUCGGAUGGUGCUGGUACAUCAAACGACGCUGCCGGUCCUUCCAACGCCGCCAUUCCUUCCUCCGACGGUGCUGGUACAUCAAACAAUGUUGCCGGUCCUUCCAACGCUGCAAUUCCUUCCUCCGACGGUGCUGGUAUAUCAAACAAUGAUGCCGGUCCUUCCAAGUCCAACACUGCCAUUGUUCCCUCUUCCAACUGUGCUGGUCCUUCUGGCAGCAAGUAG